AUGGCGAUAGAGACGAUAUGCCGGUGCCUCGUUUCUCCGGUGAUGGAGCCCACACCUCUGGUCCAGAUGUUGGACAAAAGUGCUCUCAAACUCCCUGUGGUUUCUUCUAAUUUCGCCCGCCCACAGUUAAACUGGAACGAGGGUGUUACGCAAACCCUAGUUCCGUCUUCCAAACAUCUCACGCAACCAGGUCCCUCUGCAGCGAUCCUUCACAACAGCGCCAGUGCUAAUGCGUCAAAGAAUCCGACUACGUCUUACGCUCGCGCCACUGCUCCCAAGACCGAGGAUAAGGCGGCUGCUAAAGCAAAACUUCUAUGGGAAUUAUCUGUUGGAACGAUACGUUUACGUGACUGGGUACGUUACUUCGAUCCGUAUAAGGAAUCUUCCUCUAUUGCCCAGGUUUGGGUGCGAAUAUAUUAUCUGCCGGUUGAAUUCUGGCACCCUGAAGUGAUAUCAGGUAUUGGAAGGUGGCUCGGACAACCUCUUAAAAUUGAUGGCACGUCAAUGACGGAAGACGUGGGACAUUUUGUGCGUAUGCUUGUUGAAAUUGACUUGGCCCAACCUUUGCCAGAGACUAUGAACAUUGAUGGGGGAGAUUAUACUUUUGCCGUGGAAUUUAGCUAUGAAUAUCUUCCUCUUUUUUGUACUCGAUGCAAAAUCACAGGUCAUGCGGUCGAUAAGUGUCGUCGGGGCACUAAACCUAAUAAACCCUCGGUUGAAGUGGAGAAACCGGAGCCUCCUAUUGCCAAGGAGCCAGAGUGGAAAAUUGUAAGUCAAACGAAAAAUAAGAAUCAUCAGGACCAGGAGAACAGAUUUUCUGCUCUUGACGAUGAGGGUGAAUUGGAAGGGGAUCGUAGUUCAGGGAAGGAUCUGACUGGUCCAGAUCUCUUAGCGCUGGUUUUUAACAAAACUGGUACGACACAGCAAUUCGUUGAGGAAGGUAUAAAAGAUACUCAGGAAAAGCAGCCUAUGGCUAGCGAGAAAGCUGUUUCAGAACAAGCGUUAGUGCAUGUGAUUGAGGAUGUCUCUCAUCCGGAAUUAAAGAUCAAGGACGGCGUGCAGGAGAAUAGAAUUGAGGAGAGGAUUGUUGUUAUCUCGGCUACUGAACAGGUGAAUUCCCUCGAGAAUUUGGAAGAAGGAUUUGUUGAGGACGUGAUGGAGGAGUCCUCGAAUGAGGAGGAUAACCCACAUGAGCAGGUGCAUUCUGCCACUGACAUGAUUUCAGGCACUUCAGUUAAGGAGGGAUCUUUGAAUGAGCAUAAUGAGCAAAGUAAUUCUGAUGCUAUAGCCAUGAGGAAGAUGAAUGGUUUGUAUUGGGGACUUUAA